AUGAAGUGGAUUCAUAGUGUGUACUUGGGUGACAAAGAUUGGUGGAGCUAUGAAGCUCCAAACAAUAGUAGCUGGUAUUGGCAGCAAGUAGUGAUUGUGAAGAACAAAUUCAGAAGCUCACCUCAAUUUCAUCAUCUAAUGAUAGGUACAUAUCAAAUAGCUCAAGGAUACAAUGUUUUACUAUCUUCCCAUGACAGACUAAAAUUGCAGGAGGUAAUUUGGGGUAGAUUGAAUAUUCCCAAGCAUAGUUUUAUUAUAUGGUUGGCUGUGUUGAAUAGAUUACAUAUAACAGAGAGAUUAUAUAGAUAUAAUAUUAGUCCAGAUAAGUAUUGUUGCAUUUGUGGGAUUGCUGAAGAGACAAUCAACCAUCUUUUCUUUGAUUGUUGUCUGAGUACCAGUUGUCUAGAAGAAAUGAAGCAUUGGUUGGGGUGGAGGGUGCAAAAUACAGGGUUGCUACUGCUACUUAGAAAGAUUGAAAAGGCGCGAAUGAGCAAGUUUCGAAAUCAAGUGUGGGCUGCAACAAUGGCAGGCCUGGUUUAUGCUCUUUGGAGAACUCGCAAUGAAGCGUAUUGGAAACAAAGAGAUGCUAUGAAGCAUUCAAUUGUACAAAAAGUGAAAAGAGAAGUUAAAUACUAA